GGGCGUGACUAUUUAAAGACCCCCUCCCCUUUCCCUUUCCUUCCUCCUCUUUGGCAGUGUUGACUUCUGCUCCUCCAAUCCUGGCUGCUCCUCGCGGUCCCUGCCUGCCAGCCGCUGCAUUCGACUUUUCUUUCAUUUGCUUGGCGGACCGGGGAGAGAGGCGCUCCCCCGCUUCUUUCCACUCCCGCCGCGGCGAUUUCUGAGAGCGGGGAGCAGCUGCCUGCCGGGCAAGCCCCGGAAAGCUUUCUUCCUCUCUCUCUCCCCCCCCCCAUCGCCCUGCCUUCCUCGCUCACCCUCUGAUGUAGGCGUCUGCGGGGUUUCCUCGACCUCUUCUCCCCCCCCUCCGCCCCCCGUUUUAUUUUAAUCCCACCGCCGCCUCCCUCUUUCGCAAAGUUGACAUUCCAAGGACUCGGACCUCGCUUCGCUCCCGGAGCCACUUGGCGAAGCUUGAAGGAGAGACCGCCUGCUCCCACCUCCCGGGGAGAGGAAAAGCUGCUUCCUCGCCCUCCCAGCGAAAGAAGCCCCGAGAGCUGGAAGACGUCCUUUCUCCCACUUUCCGCUUCUCGUCCUCUCUUUUCCGAGCGCCCCUUUCCAGAAGCGAGUCGGUUGGGAUUGCAAACUCCUCUCGAUCCUCUCUCCCCUUUCCCCGCCGCCGGUUCUGGAUCCGUGGAUUCCGGCCGGGUUUUCCUCCAUCCGUCAGCCAAAGAAGAGGAACGGAGCAUCCCUCCCAGUGCGAGCCAGACGCUUCAACUCCGGCCUCCCGCAGCAGCAGCAGAAGCAGCUCGAGAUAAGCGAGGCCGACCGGCCGUCUGCUGCCGCCUCGGAAGCUUUGCCGCAGCAGCUCCUUCUUCUCCCCGGCGGCCUCCUUCUCCGCUCCCUCGGACCCUUCGCGCCAAAAGGCGGAAAAAAGAAAGUCCCAGAGAGGGAGAGCGCGGGGCGGGGGAAGAGCAGCUCUUUGCGAGGGGUGGGGAAGCCAGGACGGCGGAGCCGCCCAUACCAGCGCUGGACGGGGGCAGGGCCGGUGCAUGUCUCGCCUUAGGCUCCACACAGGACUCGCCGCUGUGAAUGAGCGCCUCCCGCCUUCUCCUUCGCCGCCGCCGCCGCCGCCUGCUGUUGCUGCUGCCGCCCGGCUCGUCGCCCAGCUCCCCCUAUCGGGCCACUCAGGCUCCCUACUAAGGAUCUCUCGUCGGGACCGGCUUUUUUUCGGCGGGGAUCUCCUCAAGCCUCCUCGUUUCCCUUGUACUUUUCUCUUUGUGUGUGUCCUGUGACUUUCUGUGGUUCGUCCUUCCUUCCUUCUUUUUCUUUUUUUCUUUCCUCCUCCUCCGCUUCUCUCGGUGUUUUCCUUUGUUCUUGUCCUUGUUGUUUUUUGUUUUUUUUUUGAAAAGACGCACACGCGCUCGCAGCUUCUCUGCCUACCACUUCGCCGUGUCUUGUGGCGGGGAGUGAUGCUCCACGUGGAGAUGUUGACGCUGGUCUUUCUGCUGCUCCGGACGUGCGUCUUCAGCCAAGAUCCCAGCUCCAAAACGGUGGCCGAUCGCUAUGCCGUCUACUGGAACAGCACCAAUCCCAGAUUCCAGCGAGGGGAUUAUCAUAUUGAUGUCUGCAUCAAUGACUAUUUGGAUGUAUUCUGUCCUCAUUAUGAGGAUUCGGUGCCAGAAGAUAAGACUGAACGGUAUAUACUUUACAUGGUGAACUUUGAUGGCUACAGCUCCUGUGAUCAUACCUCCAAAGGAUUCAAGAGGUGGGAGUGCAACCGGCCUCAUUCUCCCAAUGGACCAUUGAAGUUCUCAGAAAAAUUCCAACUCUUCACUCCCUUCUCAUUAGGAUUUGAAUUCAGGCCAGGCCGGGAAUAUUUCUACAUCUCAUCUGCAAUCCCUGAUAAUGGAAGAAGAGCCUGUUUAAAGCUGAAAGUCUUUGUACGGCCUGCAAACAACUGUAUGAAAACUAUAGGUGUUCAUGAUCGUGUUUUCGAUGUUAACGACAAAGUAGAAAAUUCAUUAGAACCAGCAGAUGAUACGGUACAUGAAUCGGCUGAGCCAUCCCGUGGUGAGAAUGCAGCUCAGACCUUAAGGAUAUCCAGUCAGCCUUUCACAACUCUACUGUUCCUUCUAGCAAUGCUUUUGACGUUAUAGCACAUAUUCCAGCAAGCUGCCACAGUCAACUUCAGGAUCUUGGAACAUCAAAGAUCCACUUAACUGCUCAUCCCAGCAACGGGACUUUGUAUUGGUUUGCAGAUGUUGGUUUGUUCUCCUUCCCCCAUCUUCUCCCUUUCUCUCCUCUGCAACCUGAACUUUGAGCAAAAAUUGAAGAGGAAUAACUAGACCUCUUCCUACUCCCAAGCUUUUCCCUGGCUUUCCUUGAUCCCUUCUAAAAUAAAUGGACUCCAAAUGAAAAUGCCAAAUUUCAAUAUUGACACUAGUGAUUCUUACUUUCCUCUGCAGCCUCUAUUUAAGAUACUGCCUAGUUAAUUCACUGGGCCAACCGUAUAUGGAGAAGGAAGAAUAAUAGGAAGAUGCAGUUAGUCGAAGAAUAAGGAAGUUAUUUGAAUAAAACCAAGAGAAGUUUUUUUUACUCUUUUCAAUAAAAUAUUUAUUUUUCCUUGUUCAGCACUGUAAGACGAUCAUGCAAUGCACUGUGUCACCAUGUCAGGACUGGAGGGAAGAUAUUAAGAAUAGAUAUAUCUCAGUGAACAGGCUCCUCAAAGAAAAGAGAUAUUAUUUGUAUGCAACUGCCUUGAAAGGUCCUUGACUGUAGAAGUUAUGCUCCAUAACAGAAGCUCUGUCAUUAGGGGAUAAAAAAGUGACUACUGACAUGCAAGGUCAGGUUUAGGAAACUAUGUCGGAGUGAUAGUGCCUCUGUUAGCGCUCUAGGUGGAUAGUGCACACCAGAUUACUUUUCUUUCGACUCAGAUACCAUGGUGCUACAACAAUUUUUGUUCAAAUGCAAAAAGGCAUUUCUGCACUUCUAAAAUAUAUUUUCUGUGUGAAUAAAGUGACCUUUCCCAAGGCUGACUUAGUAGCCAAUAGCCUUGGAUUCAGCUCUGGGUGAUGAUACAUACUACGUUGAUAACAGCGCAGGGCGGAGUAAACCUCUGGUGAGUGAUACAGAAUCCCCAGUGUCAUGGAUAAUUCUGCCUCCUUGAAAGUUUGGCAACUCUUGGAGUAAAAUGCUGCCAGAAAGGAACCAGGACAUUUGUCAUAGAGGGUGGAGGGGAGUUCUGCAUGGGAAAAACAGAGUACAGGAAGAUUGUUUUGAACUGUAGAGUGAAAGUUGAGGCCUUGAUCUCAUCUCUCUCUUCUUUUCCAACACAGUUGAAAAUUAGUGUAAAUGUCUUCAUUGGCAGGAGAUAAACUAGACAGACUCCCAAAGACUUUUAACUAUUUUGUUGCUUUUAAAAAUCCACUAGAGUAGAAAAUACAUUAUCUAGAUAUACCUUAUGCUGAAAAUAAUUAUAUAUGCUUGUCCUAUUUAAAGAUGAUAAAAUGUGGUAAUUUGUGACAAGAUUAUGGGGUGCUGAUUGGUUGAAAUCGGGGGUGAAUCCUUAGGCAGCUGUGAUAUAGCCUCAUAAAACAUUUACCAGGAAAUGCCUUCUUUAUAGUAUUCCAUUAACUUAGGCAAACCAAAUUUAGAUUUACUAAAUAAGAGAGAUCAUGAAAGCUACUUAGCAAACUUUGUUUUCUCUCAAAAUUAGUGAGAACAAAACUUAAAAAGAAUGAGGUCAGGCUUCACUGAAUUUUCACAAGAUAGCAAAAAAAGAAUUUAAUACUAAAUCAUAAUGUAAAUGGACAAAAUUUUGAAAAUGCUCUUUGUACUAUGAAAAGAAAGCAUUUUUUCUAAAAAAAAAAGUUGCAGAAUUUCAGGAUUCAAAAACAGCAUGAAUAAAAUGAUAAAUAUAAGGCGCUCUGAGCUUGCCUGAUACGACAAAGUCUGGGCUGUAUUUGAAAGCACAGAGAUGUCUGAUAUAGCACACAAAUAAAAAGAGUUUCAUAAUCAACACUGAGGAACGUCACUGCUUUCCUCGGAGUACAAUCAAUCAGUCUCCUCUCUUCAACAUGUAUUUUGGGUGCAUAUGUAGGAAGGGAUGACCUUGAAAAUAGUGAUCAAGGCAAAGACAAUGUUGCACAUGAAUUAAGAUCCUACAAGUGUAACCUACCAAUUGCAAAUAUGAGUCACACUGUUUGUUGUCCUAACAAUGGCUAUAGCUGUUUUUUCAUCAUUUAUCUACCGAUAAUAAAAGGCUGGACUCACUUGCCUCAAUAGCACGCUUUCUAAACCACAGAUUGUCACCACAGUGAAUUCAAACUUUUGCUUUGCCACGGCACCACUGCUAAUCUAAUGAAUAAAAGCAACACUGUAAUUACAGUUCAGAUGCUAAUUGCUACACUGCCUCAAAUGCAGAUUUGUCGGCAGUAGGUUUACAGGACCUUCAGAUAUUUGAUGGCAUCAGGCAAUCUUAUUAAGCAAGAAAUGGCCAUGUUCACAGGACAUAGUGAGACGUAAGACUUGAUUAGUAUAAAUACUUCUGAACAAUGCAGAUACUAAACCAUCCAUUUGUAUGUUCCAUCUGAAAGCAAAUCAUAAAUCCUUAUCAAAGCAAUUAGCCAUAAGCAAGCCAUAGUUUUAUUCUGUGGUACGUGCAGGCCAUGAAUUGUAUCUCCUUGGAACUGAUAUUUAGCAAGGUUUGCUGCUCAUGCAGGAGCACUGAUGCUAACCAAGCCUUAUGGUGCAUUCAUGCAAAUGUGGCCAGUGCCUGAAAAUGUUUUAAUCUCUCCCACUUGGGUGUGUGUGUGUGCGUGCGUGCGUGUUGUCCUGACGUCUUCAAAAAGAUGCCAGUAUGUAUGUUUAUAAUAGCCCCUGUUCUCAAGCAUGACAUAUGAGAUACAACAUUUGGUCCCCUCAAUUCAGACAGUCUGCCCUGUGCCAUCCAGUCCGAGUUUGCUAAGGGCUUUGCAAAGGGUAGCAGGGAAAUAAGGAUUGAUCUGUGUGGUGGAUACUGUGUAUCCUUUAAUAGACAACAAGGUAACAUUUUGUGUUAGUUUAGAAAUAUUGUUUUGUACUGUACUUUCUCAGCUGGCGAAGGAAAGACAAGUUAAGACAAAAAAAAUGCUAUGUUCUUUAAAUUCUGUAUUAUUAGCAGCCUCUGUUGUACAUAGUGUUUGAUAAUAAAGUAUUAAUUUGAUUAUUAUGUCUUUUGUAAGUGAGAAGAAAAUAGAUUUUCGUGAUAUUAAAAUUUAAAUAAACAA